AUGGAGAAGGUUUCGAUAAGGAAUCAUAUCAGAAGGUUAAAAGUUCUUCCUGCAUCAGGGACAGAAAUAACGAUCCCCCUCAUCUCUCUGCAAGGUGUCACGGUUUCCCUGGAGGUCUCAGAGAGCCCUGGGAGUGUCCAGGUGGCCCGGGGUCAGACAGCAGUCCUGCCCUGUACUUUCACUACCAGUGCUGCCCUCAUCAACCUCAAUGUCAUUUGGAUGGUCAUUCCUCUCGCCAAUGCCAACCAACCUGAGCAGGUCAUUCUGUAUCAGGGUGGACAGAUGUUUGAUGGUGCUCCCCAGUUCCAUGGCAGGGUAGGAUUUGCAGGCACCAUGCCAGCCACCAAUGUCUCUAUCUUCAUUAACAACACUCAGCUAUCAGACACUGGCACCUACCAGUGUUUGGUUAACAACCUUCCGGAUAGAGGGGGCAGAAACAUUGGGGUCACUGGUCUCACAGUCUUAGCAGAAAUGCAAAGAGAAGGAGAUGGGAAUGUUGCUGUAGAAUACACUGACAUGAAAACAGAAAUGGAUUUAAAAUCUGAAUUGGCAAAAGCAAUAUCUACUUCAAUAGCAAAAUCAGACCAAAGAGACAAAACAUUUUCAAUGUUAAAUACAAGAAAUGAGCAAUCUUAUCUUCUGCUGAUUUCUUCGGUUUUCUUAUUUUUGUCCUCUAAAUCCUACUUGAUUUCUAUUUUUCUGGCAGACCAGGUCCAAGGAACAGUCACCAUCCGGAACAUCAGCGCACUGUCUUCAGGUUUGUACCAGUGCGUGGCUUCUAAUGCCAUCGGAACCAGCACCUGUCUUUUGGAUCUCCAGGUUAUCUCCCCCCAGCCCAGGAGCGUUGGACUAAUAGCUGGAGCCGUUGGCACUGGUGCAGUUAUUGUCAUUUUUUGCAUUGCACUAAUUUUAGGGGCAUUCUUUUACUGGAGACGCAAAAAUAAAGAGGAGGAGGAAGAAGACAUUCCUAAUGAAAUAAGAGAGGAUGAUCUUCCACCUAAAUGUUCUUCUGCCAAAGCAUUUCACACCGAGAUACCCUCCUCUGAGAACAACACAUUGACCUCCUCUAAUACCUACAACAGCCGAUACUGGAGCAACAAUCCAAAAGCUCAUAGAAACACAGAGUCAUUCAACCACUUCAGUGACUUGCGCCAAUCUUUCUCCCUGCACUCGGGCAAUGCCAACAUACCAUCCAUCUAUGCUAACGGGACCCACCUGGUCCCAGCUCCACAUAGGACUCUGGUAGUGACAGCCAACAGAGGCUCUUCACCGCAGGUCAUGCCCAGGAGCAAUGGCUCGGGCAGACGGAAGCCUCGGCUGCAGCACACACAUGCCCACACCAUCAGCCAAGCAACGCUGGAGCGAAUUGGCGCUGUCCCGGUCAUGGUGCCAGCCCAGAGUCGGGCCGGGUCCCUCGUAUAGGACAUGAGCAGAUAGUGUUCAGAAAAAAGCCAGUGUGAUGCCCCAUACACAGGGUCGGGGUGGUGGAUGAGGGCGGGGAAAGAAACACUUUCCUUAUCACGGUACUAGUAAAAAGCACAGAAAAGAAAGUUAAUGCUGUUACCUGGCCACUGAGAUUUGUGAAAUGAGUCAGAAUGUCUGUCCUGAAGACUUGUUUCUCCGCCUCCGAUGUCCCGGGAUCCUAGUCAGUAAGCUGGAUCUCAAAGAUGUGCCAAGCCAAGGGAGAGAUGUGAGCAGAAUAGCACGUGAAAUCUACACUGCAGUCCAGAUGUGUUUGUUCUCUAGCUCAUGCCUAAAUCUUUCAAGAGACUCAAGUGCCAGAUGGAGUUUAAAUAAUGACAUUGUUUUAAAAGAUAGGUGUCUUUAGAAAAGUAAUGAACAUCCUUUCCCCAUCCCCUCUAUACGUAGAGGGCAAAGGGCAUGAAUGGUUAGUAUCUGUCCCUUCAUCACAGAAUCAAAACUUUUUACACAAGCAGAAUUCAGUAAGAGGUGGUGGUGGUGGUGGGGAACAAAAGAAACUUCUUUGAGAAGCCGAUUCAUAGUUCCUUAUUUCUGAACUAUGAAUUUCAUAUUUGGAAUAUUGCUCUAUGGACAGAUUCUUGCCUGUCUAGGUUUUUCUAGGGUCUGCUACAGAUUCAUGACAAUUACUGUUCAUUAUUUCCCGGGAAAGUAUUUUUUUAAAAGAAAUGUAUUGGUUUUUUAAAAAAUACAUGGAGGCAUUGGACUAGGAAAUAAAAGACUGUUGCUAGUUAACACUACAGUCAGUGACUGUUCAUUGGGCCCCGGAGGCUGGGGGGCGGCACAGGACAGGGAGGCAGGCAGGUCCAGGGACUGGAGCAUCCCUGGCGGCCUCUCGGAGCAGGGCGUCCGGGGUGCUCUGCUAUCACACCGGGUCACUCCUAAUGAGGGCAGCACCUGAUGCCUUUUGUGCUGAGGGAGAUAACUUUCUCCUUGUUUGACAAGCAGAGGUUAGUAGGUUGUUACAGGGCAGGAGUUGUUUUGUUUUUCUUCAAAAUAAUUAUUUUUGUGAAAGAUGGUACUGAGACAGAAAGGAUGUGUCUUCAGGUUUGCUCCUGGGAGGGUCUGCCCUGUACUUGUCAGAGCUCAGGGUUGCAGUUGUGUCCAAAUGCAUUUUAUACCCCUGUAAAGAGACUCCUUUUGUGAUUAAUUACCCGGUGUGGCCUUAGAGUUCACCUGGUAAUUUACAAACUCCCCACUUGGUUUUGUGCUCUGUAGAUAGGGUCAUACUUGGAUUGGUGACUAUUUUGCCUUAAUCACACUAUAAGCAGCACACAAAUGUUUUCUUCCCAGACUUUUCCCUAAAUUAGUUACGAUCCUGACCUCCAUGAUUCCAUAGGAGCAUCUUUUCUUUUCCCAGUAUUGUCUCUUACUCCCUCAUCCCACUAUGCUUUUUGCUCUGUUUUCCUACAAGCAUAGUUACCACAGGGAGUGGCCUCCUCAUUUUCAGACUUAUUUGACUAAAUGGAAACCAACAGCUGCUGCCUACACUAUUUUUCCAAGAGGGCUAAGAUCAGAACCUAACCAUUCCAAUACUGAUGAAAACUGAAUUUACUUUAGCAUUGCUUAUUUUUUUCAUUUGAUGGUUCUUGACUUUAUAAAAAAAAAUUUAAAUAAAUGAAUGUGUAUACUUUUUAAUAAACACAAGUGUGAAAAUACUAUGACACAGAGAUGAUAUCAGAUGUUUAGAAAGCAUUUAUCUUGCAUUUCUUUAUUUCUAAUUAUCUAAAAUUUAAUAAAAGUUUAUUCAUAUAAAA